CGCGGAGCUAAAUACGCGGCGCCGGCCAUUUUGUGCGAGAAGCCGCAGCGCCGCCUCCCUGCUCGCGCCCCACCGCCGCCUCCGCGUCUUCCUGCGCCCCGGGCUUCCGCCGCUUCAUUGAUUUCCGUUUCUCGCCGCUGCAGCCUCCUGACACGGUGAUCCGGGCGGGCCCCGCGGGAAUUCUGUCCUCUCACCGGCCUCACACUAGUGUCGCAUGUCCACUAUCCAGAACCUCCAAUCUUUCGACCCCUUUGCUGAUGCAACUAAGGGCGACGACUUACUCCCGGCAGGGACUGAGGACUACAUUCAUAUAAGAAUCCAGCAGCGGAACGGCAGGAAGACGCUGACCACUGUGCAGGGCAUUGCGGACGAUUAUGACAAAAAGAAACUUGUGAAAGCUUUCAAAAAGAAAUUUGCCUGUAAUGGAACUGUGAUUGAACAUCCUGAGUACGGAGAGGUUAUUCAGCUUCAAGGGGACCAAAGGAAGAAUAUCUGCCAGUUUCUUUUGGAGGUUGGCAUCGUCAAGGAGGAACAGCUGAAGGUUCAUGGAUUCUAAGAUGAUCCCAAACAUGUGGCGAGUUUCUUAAAUGGUUUUGUUCUCUAACUCAGUUUGGCUGCCUCGGGAGAUGAUUCUUUACAGUAAACGACAGACUUUGCGUUUAUUUAAUCAUUCAGACUUCCACUCACACCUGCAUGGCUACAGAAAACACGGGGUGUGUAGGCUCCUGAGUCAUAAGGAAAUCUCGGUGAGAUGGGAACGAAGCCCGAGUUCGUCCUAACAUGUUUCCAAUGGAAAAGGUUUUGUUCUGAGUGUUUGUUGUUAGUUUUAUUUUCACUUGAUUGUUAAAUGUUUUUGUUGUUGUAUUAAACCAUGUAUGUUGCAGCUUAAUAAUAAAAAGAAAGUGUGUGCAUCCUUUAUGAGCGCUGAUCUAA